AUGGGACCACUGUUUUUUAGAUCUAACUCAUACCAAACUGACCUGCUUCGGGACGGCGUGCGUAGGUACCUGCAGCUGCCGGCAGACCAGACAGUCCUGAUACUGCAUGCAAAAGUCGCACAAAAGUCGUACGGCAAUGAAAAGAGGUUUUUCUGCCCCCCACCUUGCGUUUAUCUGACCGGGCCAGGGUGGAAGUUAAAGCAAGAGCAGAUCAAAGCCAGGGACCUAGGAGAGGCCAGUUUGCAGGUGUGUGGGUACAUGGGGCUGGACAGCAUGGGCAGCAGCCUCCUGGAGACGCAGAAGCUCAGCUUCGAGGAGCAGCCGGACUCGAAGGGCUUCAGCUGCGCCAAGGCGCUCUACAUCUCGGACGCGGACAAGCGCAAGCAUUUCCGCCUGGUCCUGAAGCUCUUCUUCAGCAACGGGCAGGAGAUCGGCACCUUCCACAGCAAGCUCAUCAAAGUCAUCUCCAAACCCUCGCAGAAGAAGCAGUCGCUGAAGAACACGGACCUGUGCAUUUCCUCGGGCUCCAAAGUCUCCCUCUUCAACCGCCUGCGCUCCCAGACUGUCAGCACCCGCUAUCUCUCCGUCGAGGGGGGAGCCUUCAUCGCCAGCGCCAGGCAGUGGGCAGCCUUCACCCUCCACCUGGCUGAUGAGCGCUGCGCCCGGAGCGAGUUCCCGCUCAGGGAAGGGUACAUCCGCUACGGCUCAGUGGUCCAGCUCAUCUGCACGGCUACCGGUGUCACCCUGCCUCCCCUGAUCAUCCGGAAGGUGACCAAGCAGUGUGCCAUGCUGGAUGUGGAUGAGCCUAUUUCCCAGCUCCACAAGUGCGCCUUCCAGUUGCAGGGCAGUGACCGCAUGUACCUGUGUCUCUCCACGGAGAAAGUGAUCCAGUUCCAGGCCUCUCCCUGCCCGAAGGAAGCGAACCGGGAGCUGCUGAACGACGGCUCCUGCUGGACCAUCAUCGGCACGGAGACGGUGGAGUACACCUUCAGCGAGAGCCUGGCCUGCAGCCGGGAGCCCGUGAGCCCCGUCCCGCUCAUCACCGCCCUGCAGCUGACGGGUGGAGGGGACGUGGCCAUGCUGGAGGUGCAGGGCGAGUAUUUCCAUGCACACCUGAAGGUCUGGUUUGGAGACGUGGAAGCCGAGACGAUGUACAGGAGUCCCAAAUCCCUGGUGUGUGUUGUCCCUGACGUCUCUGCCUUUGGCAGUGAUUGGAGGUGGCUGCGAUAUCCCAUCACGGUCCCACUCCUGCUGAUCAGGGACGAUGGUCUCAUCUACUCCAACUCGUUCACGUUCACCUACACCCCAGAGCAGAGCUUCCUCCCAGGGCAGCCGGUCCUCUCAGACGUCCCGCAGGACUCGGACAAGUUACUUGACAGUAUUCACCAGGAGUUCACCAGGACCAACUUCCACCUCUUCAUGCAGAGCUAGCAAGCUGGUGCCCCUGGCUGCUGGCACCAGGCAGCCUGCGGGAAGCAGAGAGGAUCCCUGCGGGGUGCUCAGCAGGCUCGAGGUGGUCCCUGCCAAAGGUUCUCGCUGCCCAUCAGCUGCCCACCGUGUUAUUUUGAUUUGCUAAUUGUCUCUUUUAAUGACAGCACCUCUCCCUGGUGAAAUCUCAUAGAGGAGCAUCAAUAAAUCAUGCUUCAAGGACUCUUAACUGAUUCAAGUGCUCCUUUAUUAGUCUUCAAGAUUUACCUCCCAUGUUGGCACAGGAUGUCACAGCUCCCUUGAUGGUCUCGGUCCAUAUAUUCAAAUGUCCAGGAGGGGCAGAACGUGACUGUGAGUGCUAUUGAGCUAUACCAGGAAUCCCUGCAUCAUUAUUCUGCUUUUCAGUAACGAGGAGCUGAUUUCCAGCAGCCAAAUACCCAGUACCACAUGGUUUUUUUUUUUUUUUUUAAUGGCCCAAAUGGGCUUAUUUCAAAAGGAAAACGGGAGAGAGAGAACUUCAGUGUGAAACCUGGCCCAUUCCUAGCUCUCGUGGCUCUGCUGACCUCAGUUGUUUCACACACACACACAGCACAAUGCCUGCGUCAGCAUCAAACUGCUGGUUUAAAGGUGCCAUAAAAAGAAACUUGGUGUCUUGGAGCUGAACCCGAGUGCUGUGCAAAGUGGGUCUUACAGAUUUAUUUAGCGUAUUCAGCUCUCCAUGGCAUCAAAAGGCCCAUGGUGUACUUUGAAAACAGGCUGUUUUGGCAGUUGCGAGGUCAAUUUAGACACAACCUAGGUGCCAAAACCGCAGAGGUCUUGAGCCUGCGCCGAGCU